UAUCCAUUCCCGUACCACUAAAACUUCACUUAUUUCAACUUUCGGAACUCACGAUACGAUACCAAUUCAGAGCCUCAAACUCAUUUUCUCCCAAUCCCCAAACUCCCUUUCUUCUGUGUUACUAUCCUGCAAGCAACACAGAGUGAGCGAGUGAGGGAGUUUUGGAGAAUAUGGCUCUCACUAUCCGAAGCUCUUUCUUCUCCACCACCACUACCACGAAGAAAUCUUCUCCAUUCUUCUCCUCUAACCAACUUCACACACUUCCCUUCUUAUCUUCUCACUCAAUUGCCGUUAAACCAACCCUGCGACUUGCUUCCAGAAACAACAACACUGCUCUCAGGCCCAUCAAAUGUUCUGUUUCCGAAGCAACUGAGCCCAAAACUGAGAAGAAGCAGUUCACGAGAAGAGGAGAUGUCAGAAACAUCGCGAUUGUUGCUCAUGUUGACCAUGGAAAAACAACCCUAGUUGAUGCCAUGCUGAGACAAACUAAGGUAUUUCGAGAUAAUCAAUUUGUGCAGGAGAGGAUAAUGGACUCUAAUGAUUUGGAGCGUGAAAGAGGGAUCACCAUACUGAGUAAAAACACAUCUAUUACUUAUAAAGACACGAAGAUUAAUAUAAUAGAUACUCCGGGUCACUCUGAUUUUGGGGGUGAAGUGGAGCGCAUCUUGAAUAUGGUGGAAGGAAUCCUUCUAGUGGUAGAUUCUGUUGAAGGGCCAAUGCCACAGACAAGAUUUGUCUUAAAAAAGGCCUUGGAGUUUGGCCAUUCAGUUGUUGUGGUUGUGAAUAAAAUAGACAGGCCUUCUGCUCGCCCAGAAUUUGUUGUCAAUUCUACUUUUGAACUCUUCAUUGAACUAAAUGCCACAGAUGAGCAGUGUGACUUUCAAGUAAUAUAUGCAAGUGGUAUAAAAGGGAAAGCAGGGUUGUCUGCUGAAAAUCUUGCAGAAGACCUUGGACCAUUGUUUGAAACCAUUAUCAGAUGCAUCCCUGGCCCACGUAUUGUUAAAGAUGGCGCGCUUCAAAUGCUUGUUACAAAUAUUGAGUAUGAUGAACAUAAAGGGCGUAUCGCAAUUGGGCGCUUACAAGCUGGAAGGUUAGCAAAAGGCCUGGAUGUCAAGGUGUGUACUUCAGAAGAUUCAUGUAGAUUUGGAAGAGUUAGUGAGCUUUAUGUGUAUGACAAAUUCAAUAGGGUCCCUGUGGAAAGUGUUGAGGCUGGUGAUAUAUGUGCAGUAUGUGGAAUUACUGAUAUUCAGAUUGGAGAAACAAUUGCCGAUAAAGUAUUUGGAAAGCCACUACCUGCCAUCAAGGUGGAAGAACCAACAGUGAAAAUGUCUUUCUCCAUAAACACUUCACCUUUUGUUGGCCGUGAGGGAAAGUAUGUUACUAGUAGAAAUUUAAGGGACAGGCUUUAUCGUGAACUUGAAAGAAAUCUAGCCAUGAAAAUCGAAGAUGGUGAAACAGCAGAUACAUUCAUUGUCAGUGGGCGUGGAACUUUGCAUCUCACCAUACUAAUUGAAAAUAUGCGAAGAGAAGGAUAUGAAUUCAUGGUUGGGCCUCCCAAAGUUAUCAACAAGACAGUGAAUGAAAAAUUGUUGGAACCCUUUGAGAUUGCAACUGUGGAGGUACCAGAAGUGCAUAUGGGAGCUGUUGUUGAGCUUCUUGGCAAGAGACGAGGGCAGAUGUUUGAUAUGCAAGGGGUUGGAUCGGAGGGAACUACAUUUCUCAAAUAUAAGAUCCCAACCCGUGGUCUUCUUGGAUUGCGGAAUGCAAUUUUAACUGCUUCCCGAGGGACAGCUAUUCUCAACACUAUCUUUGAUAGCUAUGGGCCUUGGGCUGGUGACAUCAAUACUCGGGAUCAAGGCUCACUGGUUGCUUUUGAGGAUGGAGCAAGUACUUCUUAUGCUAUCUCUAGUUCACAGGACAGGGGACAGAUGUUUAUUGGUCCCGGUGCGGAAGUUUAUAAAGGUCAAAUUGUUGGCAUCCAUCAGCGACCUGGGGACUUGUCUUUGAAUGUCUGCAAGAAAAAAGCUGCCACAAACAUUCGCUCCAACAAGGAACAAACAGUUAUUCUUGAUACACCAUUGGAUUAUAGUUUGGAUGACUGCAUUGAAUACAUCCAAGAAGAUGAACUAGUUGAGGUCACCCCCCAAAGUAUCCGAAUGUGCAAGAACCCAAAACUUGCAAAGAAAGGAAGGUAGACUUCUACUGUGAAGCAGUCACUUGCAGACUUUUCUGUGGUAAUGAUGCUUAAACUGCAUAACUCGGUGAUUUUGCUGCUAAAGUGAUGAAGAAGCAAAUCACAACCGUUGAUGCAAUAUCGCAUGUAUUCUUCAGAUACUGCAGAAUCAUAUAGGAGCUGGCUAAUGGCCGUAUUCAUUAUAGCUAUGGUUGACAUAUGUUUUAAGGGGAUGAAGUUACAUUAAAUUUUGUUUACUUGAUAUGUAAAUUCUCUGUGUAUCUUAGAAGUAAGGAACAUCAAAAUAUGAAUUAUUCAUGAUAUAAUGAAUAAUGAUUGAGUGGUGAAUAGCAAUGCUACACAAAUGUCUUGGGCUAAAUUUCCAGGGAAGUUUCUAAUGCAGUCUCAUAUUUUUUUA